AGGAUUAAUAUAGGUCGACAGACCUCCUAUCCUUAUUACUGAAGACUGAUUUGUGCGCGAAGGUGAUAUCGCAUGAAAUGUCCCGCUGCAUUUGAUACGUCAAGGUUGGUUACAGGGAUAUUUAUAUCUCAAUAAGACGUUUGGUCGAUCUUAGCCUGCCCAAAAAGUAGUUCAAGAACUUAAAUGCAAUCAAAUCUUGCAUUCUCUGAAGAAACCAAAAUUGUUUUAUCUUCGAUCAAUGCCCCAUCAUCGUUUGUUAUUGAAGAUCAAUCAGUAGAGAAUUGCAAUGAUGCAUUUGAGCUUCUUUUACCUGCUGUUUUAAAUAAAGAAAAUUUGAAUGUUUUGGAAGCUCAUCUGGGACUAGGUGGUGGAGGCGACUGGUGGAUAGACCCAUCACGUAGUCCUAUUGAAGUAGACUCAAAUGGAAACAGAGAUGAAGGUGCUAUUUUAGAUGUUGAAGCCAGUUGCAAAAUUUGGUAUCGUACGCCAUUCGAUCGAGAUCCAGAAUUCUGUAAUAAUUCCUAUCAUCUUUUGAACCGAUUAAAUGAGUUGGCGAAAAUCAAAGGGUUAAUCGAAGAGGCCUCACUGAGGAAACAUUCGCCUAAUGAAGUAGGAUUAAAUGAUAGUGAUCGCCAAAUAUACCAUUCAACGCUGUCUGUGAAUGGUUCUAUGGAUUUUAAAAAUUUUCUGUCACAUCCAAAUCGCGAUAUACAGAACAUUGACCCUCAGUUAGAUCUCCGCCGCAGUUUAAACAGCUCAAUAGGAGAGUAUUCUAAUUUACAGGGUACAUAUGCUUUACGUAAACAAAAUAACAAUAAAAAGGUACCUUUACGUGAAGUCUUUGAUGCUAGAGCUCAAGAAGUUGAUAGUGCUAUGUAUUGCGAAAAACCCAAACCACCUUUCUCCCAAGCCGUGUAUUCAGGAUUACCUCAGUUACACAGAUCUCAACGACCUGCUUCUCCUCAUGCGACUCCGAAUAAUAACGUUUCACCUAAUAUUAGUAACCGCAGAAUUUCGUCAAAGCCUAAUGACACUUUGCUUGUUCCAGGCGCUACUAGUAGCCCAUAUCAAAAGCCUAGUAGUCAAAAACAAUCCGUUCUUGCACGGACCUACUCGAAGGAGCAAAUGGAUUUACUGAAGGAGGUAAAUGACUACCCUCUCAAUGAGUCAGUUCCUAAGGUACCUUCCCUACUUUCUAGAUCUCAUGCAUUAACCACUUCUCUGCCCAUAUCGGAUAAUGAAGGUGAUAUAGAUGUAACUAGAAGUUUAGAUAUCUCAUCUGGAGUUAACCAAAUAUCUCAGUCGCAUUCUGCAACUGAAUUAGUUACAAAGGGUCGCAAAAUUUCUGAGAAAUUUAACGCAUCUUACUCUAGUAUGCGAAGCUCAGAUGUAUUUGAAUUAGCUCGUCUCCAGGAAACUCACUUACGUGAACACAGUGGUAGUAGAAGUAAAUUAGAUUGUUCCAACACUUCACUUACUGAGUCGAGUUUUGGAGAUGAGAAACAUCGUAAACAUAAAAGUAGUGCCGCUGGUAGUAUUGGGCAAAAAUCAGGCAGUGGUUUAAGUUCUUGUGGGGUUAGCGCAACACACAGUCACGAAGAAAUUGCAAUCGUAGAUACAAAUGAUAGGCCAGAGCGUCAACAUACUAUUAUAGCGAAGGAAUGUUUUAACCCAUUAUCAAGUUCAGUUGAUUGUGAACCUAAAGUCAAUAUGAUUGCGGAUGUGCAUUCGAGUACAAAUUUGGAUCAAACAGAUGUUGUGACUUUACCCUCUAAACCAUUAAAUUCUACAUACGAUGCUCCAGACUUCAAGCGCGUAUAUGACUGUGAUUCAACAUCACAAACGAAUGAAUUAAAAAAUCUCAGACCCAUUAUAGACAGUAUAGAUAGUACUGUAAAUACCAUAAAUGAUUGUACGACACAAGAAAGCAACAGUGUAGCACAUAUAUCUCGUCCAAAUGAUGAAAUGAUGAAUCCUAAGAAAAAUGAACACCAGCCUGAUACUUAUGAGUUAAGCAGUUAUGUCACUGUGUUGGAAAACAAUUCAGAUUCUGCGUUACCUACGAAACAUGAUGAAGAUACAAAAUCGGGUAAAAAUAGUGUAUCAAAAAGUGAACCAGAUCUUGAACAAAGUAUACCCCAUUUGUCAGACUCUGCAUCAAUUGUCAAAUACCUACAAAGGCCCCAGGCAACCCGAUCUAUUACCAAACCAGUUAACAACAACAAAACAAUACCAAGUAGACAAUCAGGUUUAAAAAUUCCUUCAAAAAUAUCGAUCCCUCUUCCUAAUGGAAGUAUUUCUCGUCUUCCAAUGCUAUCUCAAAAAAUGCCUUCAAUGAGCAUAAGUAGUCGUGUUGGUUCUCGUAAAACUAGUAUAACUGGACCUGAACAAGGUUCUUUUGAUCGUCCAAUAAACAAAACUCAACCUUCACUCAGAAAUAACCCAUCCUCUAAUAACAGCAUUCAUAGUAGUGGUAGUAGUGUUUCUUCUAACAAUAUCAAAACAAACCAGACAUCAAAUUCUACAAAGUCCCUUCCUAAAUCAUCAGCAUCAUCAACUGUACAACAAAGACCAGUGCCUUCUAGAAUCAGUUUACCAUCUGGUACUUCGGGAAGUACUACCACCAUUCGAAAGCCAACAGUACCAUCGUUUGGUUCAUCUCGUGGGAAAUCGUCUGGUAGAUGAUGAAUCCAACUUUGACAAAUGUUAUUAACUUUUGAUAAAAGUAUUAUACACUACUUUUAAGAUAACCCAUAUUGCUUCUUGUGUGCCAAAUCCCGGUACUCCUCUAUCUAUCUAUCUAUCUAUAUA